AACAGGUUAACCAGGGAAGGAGGAACUAAGAAGGAAUAAUAAUGCGGGAGCUUGUCCGGCCGACAAGCAACACCACUACGGCAGCCGUCGACGACUGCGGUUCGCAGCGGUCGAACUCUCCCAUUCCUUACCUGUUUGGGGGCCUAGCUCUCAUGCUGGGUCUCAUUGCCCUGUCACUGCUAAUUCUAGCAUGUUCCUUUAGAAAGGUGUCCUCGUCUUUUUCUUCUUCUUCUCCCACUUCAUCAUCGAGGGAAGCAGAGGAAAAACCGGUACGGGCCGCCGUGGCCAUGGAGCCGGAAAUCGAGCCAAAGAUCGUGGUCAUCAUGGCCGGAGAUGAGAACCCAACAUACCUGGCGAAGCCCGUUUCCUCAACAGGCCAGGAUGAGCAAAAAGUCUAA